AAACGAUCUGCUCUGAUUCUGGUCUGAUCUGCUCUGAUUCGGAAGCUGGUAUCUUGUUCUGGACUCAAGUGGAAGGGCUCGUAGGACAUAGGACCAAUAAGGACACUAAACUGCCCACACCGGUUGAACGUCAUUGGUUGGCCUAGUGCGAAGAUUCAUAUAAGUCGUAUUCGGAUUGGUAGAUAAGUCGUGUGAUCGAAAAGUCAGACAUCCAAGGACAUAACAAUUGGCGACGGGGAUUUUGGCAAAAACAAAAUAAUUGGGAGACGCAAGGUCAUAACAAUUGGCGACGGGGAUUUUGGCAACAAAGAAAUAAUAAUAAUACAAGUGGUGACUCAGAUUUUGGAAAUAAAUUAGCUGUAUAAUUGCCGGUGAUUUUUGGAGCUAAUAUUAUUGGCAACAAAAAAAAAAUGUCGAUUUCUUUCGAACAGUUGCGGUUAAUAUUACAGCACCAGCAGAAGAUGUUUGCCUUGCAACAACAGCUAUUUGUAACAGUUUUGGGCAGACUUUGCAUUCAAGCAGAAAAUAAGAAAUCUAUAUAUCAUGCAGAUAAUGGUGCAGUAAUGGACAUUUCAGAAGCAUAUCCUGUGCAGGAUUCAAAUCCCUCUAUACCAGAAGGAAAACGUAAUAUUGGUAAAUUGUCCGGCUCACAGCAAGAUGAUAUUGUUCUAAAUGCACAUGAAUUUGUGGAAAUACCAGAUGAUCAGGAGCCAGAUCCUGUAGAUGAAGCCCAGAGUCCAGAAUUAAAUGAAACGCUACUGGUUCUGUCCAGCUCUGAAAAUAAACUCCAGCUAGAACAAAAUUGUGGCCCACGUGCUAUUAGUCGAGAAAGCUAUGGUGACUCGUAUUCAGAAAAUAACUGGAGCAACACGAUGAACCAAAUUGUACCAGAUGUUACUCAAAAUCAUCGGAAGACAGAAUUUUAUAUUGAGUCAACUUAUCCCAUUUCUAAUGACAGUGUGCCAGAUAUUGAUUCUCAGAAUAAUGCAUAUGAUUUUGAUGAAACUUCUUAUAACAAUGAGGGAAAUAUGUCAGCUGAGUCGAAUGAUGGCCAAAAAUCUAAUUUAAUUCUGUUAGACGUUGACUUUCUUAAUGACUCGUUAUCUGCUAACGAGAUUCAUAAUGAAUUUGAAAAUAAUGAACUCAGAUCAAAGGCCGUUCAUCAUCAUCUAUUCAUUUUUAGUGGCUUCUCCAGUCAAUACGAGAAACAUGGUUUAAAUAAAGUCCUACUAGUUGUAUUUUGGAGCCAUAAGGACCCAACAUUAUUUCGAGGAGGAGGAGAAUGUCGAGGAAUUUAAAGUCACAUAAUUCUUUUUUUUAAUCAGAAUCUAAAGUUGGAAUUUUCAAAAAAAAAAAAGGGGGAGGUGUUAUAUCCGAGUGGAGAUUAAAUUACAGGUAACUCCCGAGGACUAUUAAUGGACUAAUAUUCUAUAAAUAUUCUUAUUGUAUAAUUAUUCAACAAUUACAUUACGUAUAUUUAUAUUCCUCUUAUUGUAAGCUUUAUUUUGACCUAUAACUUAUUAUUGUACGAUUUACGGUUCUUAAGUUAUGUUCAGCUUAUUAACUACUGCCUCCCUCAUUCACAGCCACUUUUUGGGCUUAUUUGUGUACAAAUAUUAUUUCCUAUUUUAUGGUACGUUGCGGUCUGUGUGAUUGAUAUAUAAACUAAGUAUGCCUGAAAUAAACGAUCUGCUCUGAUUCUGGUCUGAUCUGCUCUGAUUCGGAAGCUGGUAUCUUGUUCUGGACUCAAGUGGAAGGGCUCGUAGGACAUAGGACCAAUAAGGACACUAAACUGCCCACACCGGUUGAACGUCAUUGGUUGGCCUAGUGCGAAGAUUCGUAUAAGUCGUAUUCGGAUUGGUAGAUAAGUCGUGUGAUCGAAAAGUCAGACAUCCAAGGACAUAACAAUUGGCGACGGGGAUUUUGGCAAAAACAAAAUAAUUGGGAGACGCAAGGUCAUAACAAUUAACGGUGAAUUUGUACCAAUAAAAAUUAUGUAAGGGAAUGUGGAUAAAAAUAAACAAAAUAUUUUACAAAGACAGUUUGUAUGCAAUUUGGGGCAUUCUAUAUUUAGGAUUAUUAUUAGUUUUUUGGCCAUGAGGUUGGUCAGGUUAAGAGAGGAAGAGGUUGGACAUAUUUUCUUUCAACAUGUAGUUCCUGUUUUCUGAUCCAAUUGACUUUCAGGUAGUGACAUUUGGAGAAAAUUACUAGGCUGAUGAAUUAAUGAGAACGACUUCAACUGGCACAAUGACUAGUUUGCACUCAAUGGGCCUGUAUUGAGAUGUUCACUGUCCUCACAACACCUUUGUUUAGCUAUGCUGAGGGAUGUUGACGAACAUGAGAAUGCAAAUUUCUAGAACUUUAGCUGACAUAGCUUUUUUCGCAAGAGCAGUCCAGUUAUUAACUACAAAAUAAAAUGGGUGUCGUAGAUGGUUCAUCGUUAGUCAUGCUUUCACAAUCGAGUGCGUGGAAAACACUAGUUCUAGUUCUUAGGAUUAAAUGUGAUUGUUAUGCGUAAUCUGUGGAUUAGUAUUCCACUGUGCGCAUCUCUAUAAUUUAUUGUAUACUAUAAUUAUAAGUAAGUAAACGCGUAGAAGGGAUUUAUUUCGUCUUCAAGACUUAUUGCCAUAGAUUUGUGAAUGCUCAGCUGACUCUACCUUCACAUAAACUUCAACUCAAUUGGUGAUUAUACAUGAGAACUCAAUUGUCAAAGCAAGCUGAUAACUGAUAGGACAACUGUUAAGAGAAACUGACGAAACGAUGAUAGAUACUGAGUCAUUUUAAGAUUAAUAGUGAUUAUUCUCAGCUCAACGUUUCAAUUUCGUGUUUAGUACAAAAAAAGAAACAUUUUCACACUUGAACACAAUAUUUAAGCAAAUAGCAAGCCUUAGCAAAAUACUAGCGGGAUCAGGACAUUAUGUUUCUGGUUCGUCAGAACAAGAUAAAAUACUAUAAUGACCUAAGCUACCUAAGGUCGUUAAUCAUAUUUCCUUACAUUCCUGUUUGAUUAAUUACUUCGUCGAUAAACUGACUAUUGGCUACCUCACAACUCAUGUUUCAUAAAAAGCACUUCUGUUUAUGUUCAGUUCCUCUAUUUUAAAACAUAUCAAGCAUUAAGUUAAUGUUUUGUUACUAUAGUUAACGUUGAACUCAUAUUUAGUCUAUCGAAAGAAAAUGGUAACAGAAUAUACAUUUAUUGCCUUCUAAACUUUUUAUUUUGUACU